GCGCGGGACAUCUUCGGGCGCUGCCGGGACAGGGAGGGCGAGGCCGAGGCGGAGAAGCUCCUAAUCAGCCUCGAUAGCCUGGAGCUCUUCGACGACAGCGCGCUGAUGGACAGCGGCACGGACAGCCUGACGGCCGUUUCGUUCAGGAACAGCGUCCAGUCGGCCCUGAACCUCAAGAUGCCAGCGUCGCUGAUGCUCGACUACCCCACGAUCCAGGAGAUCACGAGCCACAUCGUGGAGAUCGGCGGGGACGACGGUGGCGAAAAUGAGCACGAGGAGAUAGACAUGGAGGUCGAUGACGGUCUGGACGGUAUGGGUACGAUGCCCCCCGCAAAGCGGAAGGGCCUGGACGCCAGUGUGGUGAUGCAGACGGUCAGGGACACGGACUGGCAGGCUGCCCUGGGGCUGAAGGUGCCAUCAUCGCUGCUGUUCGAGCGCCCGACCAUGAGAGAGAUCACAGACAGGAUCGUAGCGCUGAGCCUGGAGCAGUGGUCACGCGUCGGCGACCGGUGGGGCCCGGCGGUGGCCUGUGGAGCGGCGGUGGAUGUGGAGGAGCAGGAGCAGGAGGCGAAUGAACAGGAUCG